AUGGCCGAGUGGCACUCUCUCCUUCAAUCGAUUAUCGUCGGCCUCAUUUUCUCUUACCUUCUCGCCAAACUCAUCUCCAUCGUUGUUUCCUUCAAAGACGAUAACCUCACCGUAACGCGAGCCGCUGUCGCCACACGCGCAGAACCCGAGGAUGCCAAACUCGACCACGCCGUUCCCGAUUCUGUUGCCGCGCCCCCCUUUGAGCAGCAGUCCGUGGUGGCCGAGCACGGUAGCGUGAGGACUGAGAGUGACGGUGACUACGACGAUGAUGAUUGGGAAGGCGUGGAGAGCACCGAAUUGGACGAGGCGUUUAGCGCCGCGACGGCGUUCGUGGCCGCCGCCGCCGCCGAUCGGCUCUCGCAGAAGGUGUCGAACGACGUGCAGCUUCGGCUUUACGGGUUAUACAAGAUUGCCACCGAAGGUCCCUGCAGCACGCCCCAACCUUCGCCACUCAAAAUGACCGCACGUGCCAAAUGGCAAGCAUGGCAGAAACUUGGUGCUAUGCCUCCUGAAGAAGCAAUGCAGAAGUACAUUGACAUUGUGACUGAGCUAUAUCCUACUUGGCUUGAUGGUUCAUCUUUGAGGAAUAAACGCGGCGAUGCUAAUGGCUCUGGUUCAGAGGCUAAGGGACCAAUGGGACCAGUGUUCAGUACUUUUGUUUAUGAAGAAGAAUAUGGCAGUGACUCCCAAAUGGAAGCCAUUCAUGGAUUUGCCAGGGAAGGAGAUAUGGCUAAUCUGCUCAAAUGUAUUGAAAAUGGUGUUUCGGUGAAUUUAAAGGACAGUGAGGGGCGGACACCAUUACACUGGGCUGUGGAUCGUGGCCACCGUAAUGUCACAGAGUUGCUUGUGGGCAAGAAUGCUGAUGUGAAUGCCAAGGAUAAUGAUGGACAAACUGCCUUGCAUUACGCCGUUACGUGUGAUAGAGAAGGCAUAGCCGAGUAUUUAGUGAAGCAUAAUGCAGAUAUAAAUUCGAAAGAUAAUGAUGGAAGUUCACCGCGAGACAUCUGUGAGUCAAACUGGCCAUGUUUUCAGCACGUGGGGGACGUAAAUUGA